GCCAGCAGCACACAUGCACGAGAUCCGAAUUCUGCCAUCCCGAUGAUACAAUUAUUGGCUUCAUGAGACGUUUGCAGAGAAGAUGGCUUGGCUUUGCAUUAGUCAAUGCAGAGUUGCCAAUUGCCUGACUUUGAAAUGUUUUCAGGUUCAAAGCUUGGCAAUUCCCCAAGACUUUCUUCAGCCUCUAGGGUCAGGUAUCGUCAGGUCACCUUCAACUUUACUACAAAGAUCGCCAGUUUGGUUUUAAUGAUUCGCGAGUGUGAUAUUUGGAUGAAAUUGUGCUGAAAGUGUCAGCAAUGGUCCCCAAGAUUUUCUUGAUAUGGCUCGCCAUAUUCGCGCAAGUAUCACUACAAUGGGGCCCGCAUCCGCUAGAGAGUUCCCUACCAGCGACAAGUCCUUCGUAUGGGCAUUAUUCGGAAUUUAACACUCCCUGCGAGGAAUCAGAAACGGCUGCAAAGUCCUCGCCGACUUCGUGGGGAACUCCCUCAACUCCAGGAUGCCCUACUCUGUCAAUCACGGAAUACCGAACAAUAUAUAUCACGACUCAGAUAAUAGAGACUGAUACUAUUAACGGGCCUCCUGUGACCAUCACAACCACAGAAUCAGGUACAUGCUUCACUGGCACUGCAGUAAUCACUUAUCGCGAUACUGUGCUGGUCACAAAAACUCUUCCAGGUUACACCAUUACGACAACUAGUGUAAGCACGCUUACCACGUUUGCUUGCCAAGCUGGAACGACUUAUGUGACGAACAAUAACUAUGGAAACUUUACUACAACUGUAGAAUAUUGCCACUCAGGCUCGCACUCAGGCUCACAUUCAAGGUCCCAUUCAUGUCCAACAUUGCCAUCUUCAUGUCCCACGCUUCCAACGGCAUGUGCAACCGUCACCAGCAUAUCUGAUAUUUUCAGCACCACGACAGUUACCCAGAGUCAGAGCGUGAGUUGCGCCACUUCGUGCGCAACAACGUGUUCACCAACAACUGUCUACACCUGCUCGACGACCGGAUCAUCGUUCUCAAGCACGAGUGGUAGCACCACUUGUUCACCAACAACUGUCUACACCUGCUCGACGACCGGAUCAUCAUUCUCAAGCAUGAGUGGCAGCACCACUUGUUCACCAACAACUGUCUACUCCUGCACAAUCACAAGUAGCAGCAGCACAAACUCAUGCGGAACCUGCACACUCUGCCCCACGAUUUCCCUGAACACAACAACCACCUCAACCUGCACAGGAUCAACCUGCUUGCAAACCGCAUCAUCUACCCUUCCCCCUCCAGAUCCCCAAUGCCACGACUGGUUUGUGCUCUUCGUCCUCUUCGUAAUCCUGUUCAUUAUCACCUUCUUGUUCCUGUGCGGACUUGCAUUUUGGCAUUGGAGAUUGAGACGCCAUUGCCGCUGCAUUGUGUGCUCGUUUAUGGCGUAUGACUGCACUUGUGCUGCGGGACCAACGUUGCCAUAUGGCGGGGCUCCUGCUCCUGCUCCCGCUCCCGCUCCCGGUCCCGCUCCGGCCCCUGCUCCUGGGCCUGGAGGUGAUGGGGACGGUGGAGGAUAUGGAGGGGCAUCUUGAACUCAAUGACUUAUAUGUAGUUUCUUUCUCAAAUCCUAGAUAGCUUCGAUAGCUUCGUCAAACAGUGUUGAGAAGGGUAUUUCGGUAGUUAAGCUAAUACCGCGGAGGAGUUUUCUUACGAUAUUUCACGGUUCAUGAUGCCACGGUCGGUCGAGUGCUAUAUUGUUCCUAGGCUAUGUAGUAAAUAAUAAUGAAUAAUGUUGUGAAAGCCCCCGCACUAACGGUCAUUCAGAUAUCUUGUAUACGAAGGUGACGGGCGUUAAAAAUCGUCCAUCUGCAGAGUGCGCGCGAGAACAUUAAAAUCGCCUUGUGCGGAAAGUCGCACUAAUCCCUAACGCAAUGCCAAAAACUUUCUAUAAGAGUUUCAUAUAAUAGAAAAAUAGC